AUGCUUGUGAACGAUGUUGAGUUGCACGUACCCUGGAUGAACUACCGCAAGAUGACAGGGAAAGAGCACACGAUUUUGUCAAUAAGGACGGGUGGCUUCCUCAUGCUGCAAACCGGGCAGGAGCCAAAACGGGGACACUGCACGCUCGACGAUGAAGAUAGGAAACCAACAUCACGCGUACCCAAGAAGGGCAAACAAGUGCGUUGCGACUGGGCUUCCAGAGACGGCAUCGUUGUUGCAGAGUAA